ACGAAGCACAGAGAGAGAUGGUCGCUGCAGCAGACACAUCCCAGACAGAACCAGAAACAUUCCCAGCAACACAAGAAAAGCUUCAACAGACCAGGACUGAUUCAGACAGGACACACACUCUGCAGAUCCAGAGGGAGAAGGAUGUUUUCUACCCUGUCCACCCCCUGCUCCGAACGCAGCACAGAGACAGCAUGUUCAGCCGUCCAUCCAGACACAGAGGAGUGUGUGUCGAUGUGCUUGUUGCAGAGCGACACAGAAGUCAGUGAGAGCCUGAAAGCCAGGGCUGACCUGGAUGACAGUGUCUUUAAAAAGCCUUUAGAUCCAGCCCCCCGUGUUGGAGACAGAGGCAGAGGGAUUCGUGUCUCAUGGUCCUCAACAAAUGAUGGAUCAACGCAUGGAGUUCUCAGUCCCAAUGAAGGUGCUUUGUCAGUGGACACUUCUGACUCUGUGGCCCCUCGGAGCUCCAGAAAUUCCUGGAAGUCAGAAAGAGAGGAAAGAGGAGGACGAGAGACAGAAGGAGGAGGAGGAGAAGAAGAUGAGAAAAAAGAUAAGCUUCCAGAAGAUCCCAUCUCCUCUGCCACUCUGCGUGCCUCCAUCCGUUCCCUGUCUCCAUUCCGUCGUCACAGCUGGGAGCCAGGAAGGAAUGCCACUGGAGAUAUUGACAUGGCACAGCAUAGUUCCUUGAAGAGCCUGUCCGGAGAGGUGAAGAGAGCCAAGCCCCCCCUUCACAGGAGAAGUAUGAGUUGGUGUCCAUCCAACCUGCGUCGUCCUGAUCCAGAUCAAAUAGACAACAGAAGCUACAGUCUGGAGGGUCUGGUGGUGGAGCAGGGAGCAGUCCAGGCAGCAUGCCCCAGUCUCAGUGAUCAAGAUGAGAGGACCAUUGGUAGGAAUUUACGCCUGGACAACCAGCAGAGAGGCUCACUGGUCUCCCUCACUGAGGAGGAACAAGAAGGAGAUGGAAUCCACAUCGAUAGUCAGACAUCUUGCCAGGUCCUGUCCAUGACAAGCCGCUGUCCUCCCAUGUUCCAUCACCCAACCCUCACCAAAUCCAUCUCAAUGGUUGCCAUCAAUCACCGUGAUGUAGAUGGGGCCAGCUCGUUCUCCAGUAACUCCGGAUCACUGGAAUACAGUAUUUCAGAGGAGGAGCCAGGCCCGUUGCGGAGUGACACUGAGGGAAGAGGAGGUGCCAAAAUCAGUCGGACAUUUAGCUACCUCCGCAGCAAGAUGAGCAAGAAAGGAAAGGAGAAGGAGAAGGAGAGGAGAGGAGAGAAGGAACGAGAGAGUAAGGACAGAGAAAAGAAGAGUGCAAACGGUCAUGUCUUCAUCCCCGUCAGUCCCUCUCCCGCCGCUGUGUGUCAGCACUGUAUCAAACCUUUACACAUGAAGGAAGCCUUCCUCUGUAACAACUGUGGUGUAAAUGUCCAUAAGAGCUGCAGAGAGAGUCUGGUUGUGUGUAUGAAGAGCAAAACUAAGCAGCAGUCAUUGGUGCCAGAAGUUGCUCCUGGAUUAGCUGUUAAUCUGAGGAGUAAAUCUACAUCUUCAGCGUCUUCUAUUUCAUCAACAUCUUCCUCCUCAUCACGGGAGCGUUGUUCUGCGGUAACUACCCCUGACGACCAGCUUCCUGGUGUACGGAGACACCACAGCAUCUUCUACUCACACAGCAACCUGGCCAAAAGCACCUCCACCAGCAACAUAGCAGGGUUAGAAGACGUCCCACUGAAAGGUUUGAAGUCUCUGUCACAGUCCACUGACUCUCUUCAUCAGGGGAGCAAAGUCAAUGCCUCGACUGAGUCACUCACUGAUGAAGGUACUGAGAUGAUGGACAGUCAGCUGAUGGGAGAGUUUGAGUGUGACGUCAAAGAUCUGGAGGCUGAUUCUUGGAGCGGUACAGUGGAUAAGAAGUUUUUGAAAACUCUGAAGAAAGAUGAAAUCAAGAGACAAGAUGUCAUCUAUGAGAUGUACCAGACAGAGUUCCACCAUGUGAGGACACUGAAGAUAAUGUCUGAAGUUUAUUAUAAAAACAUUCAGAAAGACCUACAACUGGACACUCUCACUCUGGACAAGAUUUUCCCAGUUUUGGAUGAUCUGUUGCACAUACAUACACAGUUCCUCACCCUGCUGCUUGAGCAGAAGAGAGCUUCAUCAGCUGAGGGACAGAACAACAACAGCUUCCUCAUCUGCAGCAUUGGAGAGGUCCUGGUCAAACAGUUUUCAGGCUGCAGUGCUGAUCGUAUGAAGAAAGUUUAUGGGAAGUUCUGCAGUCGCCACAAUGAAGCUGUCAACCUCUACAAAGACCUGCAUGCUAAAGAUAAACGCUUCCAGGCUUUAAUCAAGAAGAUGAUGAGCAGCAGUAUUGUUCGAAGGCUCAGUAUUCCAGAGUGCAUUUUAUUGGUCACCCAGAGGAUCACCAAAUACCCUGUUCUCAUCCAGAGGAUACUCCAGCACACAAGAGAUACAGAUGAAGACCACAGCUAUGUUUCUGAAGCACUGCGGGGUGUGAAGGAGCUGAUCACUGCUGUGGACAGCAAAGUCAAUGAGCAGGAGAAGAAGAAGAAACUGAGGGAGGUCUACAGUCGCACUGACAGUAAGUCCAUCAUGAGGAUGAAGAGCGGUCAGAUGUUUGCUAAAGAGGACCUGAUCAGAGGGAGGAAGCUGCUGCAUGACGGAGCACUGCAACUGAAAAACUCAGCCGGACGUCUCAAAGAUGUCCACGCCAUGCUCCUUUCUGAUGUCUUGGUCUUUCUUCAAGAAAAAGACCAGAAAUAUGUCUUUGCCUCAUUGGAUCAACGUUCUACAGUCAUCUCUCUUCAGAAUCUGAUAGUCAGAGAAGUUGCUAAUGAGGAACGAGGUCUGUUUCUUAUCACAGCUGGUAUAGAGAGACCAGAGAUGGUGGAGGUAUUGGCUAACAGCAAAGAGGAGCGCAUCACAUGGAGGGCCAUUAUACAGGACGCCAUGCAUUGCAUGGAGAAAGAUGAGGACGAGGGCGUUCCCAGUGAGACAGAGGAGGACAGGAGGCAGCAGGAGAACAGAGCAAAGGAGAUCCGAGAGGUUUUACGAAGAAAAGAUGAACAGAUUAUCUCCUUAUUGGAGGAGAAGGUCCACAUCUUCAGAGACCUGGGUGACUGUAACUCCGUCCCUGAUGAUACAAAUUCACAAGUCAGGGAGCGCAUGUUAUUCAGAGCCACACCUGAUGAUGUCACAAAGGGGGAGCCAAUCAUAAAGGACGCCCUGAGAGAAGUGGAGACCCUGCAUGCUUUUUUGAACAGUGGUGUCGGUGGAGCAGGCUGCAGUAUUCCAGUCGGCCUGACAGGGGGCAGCGUGGGUGCAGUUAGUCUGCCCAGGAGAGCAGAGACAUUUGGAGGCUUUGACAGUCAUCAGAUGAACAGCAGCAAGAAUGGAGAGAAGGAAGAGGGCGAUGAAUCACUAGACCUCCGCAGGACUGAGUCAGACAGCGUGUUAAAGAAGGGAGCCACUGCAAGCCUACAGGUGUUGCUGAAGAGAAACAAUGAGCAGGUCCAGCACAGUGUGACACAUCUUCACGACCUGCUGAUUUCACUGGAGGCUGUGGUGCUCCAGCAGGACUCCUUCAUAGAGGACCAGAGGCAGGCCCUGAACGAGCGGCUCACUGCCAACUCCUCCAGACACUCCUCUUCCUCCUCGCUCUCGUCCUCUUCCUCCUCGCGCCCCUCCUCCCUCAUCGAGCAGGAGAAACACAGGAGUUUAGAGAGACAGCGACAGGAGGCUGCCAGCCUGCAGAAACAACAGGCUGUUCAUCUGGAAGAAAAGAGGAGGAGAGAGAAGGAAUGGGAGUUGAAGGAGAAAGGUCUGGCAGAACGGGAGGCAAGGCUGCGGGAUGAGGAGGAGGAGACUGACAGGAGGCGUCAGGAGCUGGUGGAGGAGAAAGACACACUGCAGAGGAAGAAAGACGAAUACCAGAGAGAUCUGGAGAGACUGAGAGAGGCACAGAGGAGGCUGGAGAGAGACAAGGAGGCCCUGAAGAGAGACACUGAGAGACUGGAGAGCAUGAAGAGAAAUGAGUCGGAGCAUCUUCAUAGAUACCAGCGGACCCCUUCCACCACCUCUGAGGAAUCAAUAAGGUUCCACAGCUCUGGGUCCCUGGAUCUGGAUUCCAAAGAAGCAGAUCAAUCAAAAGAGGUGGAGCUCUCAUCCUCUGCCCCGGUCAAAGAACCUUUCCUCCGCAUUGGAUCCAAGAGGAUGGGCAAAAAUUUCAACCCCUUCUCCUCGUCCUCGUCCUCGUCCUCUAAGAGUCAGGGGGCCGAGAAGGACUCCCAGCUCCCCAACAGACUGCUCCAGCUGGCUAAACCCAAGGAGAAGAAAGACAAAAAGAAGAAGAAGGGGAAAGGAGGAGAGCAGGCACAGACAGAAAGCAAAGUCAAAGUGGUGUCAGAUCCUCAGAAUGAUGGAGACAUCUUCUUCUGCUGAGGACGUGGACAGUGGACACAGGAACGUCUAACCUCUGUAAGGAAGCUGACAGCUGGCCGGUGCAGCAGACAACCCUGAGUGCUCCUUAACUGUGUAUUUGGAUAUAAGAUGCCCAUGCUGUCUCUGCUGACAGUCUGCUCUCUGGACACUGUACAAUCCUUCCUGUCAGACAGCUGCUCUCUAGCCUGUAUUCAGAGUGAACAAAGGUAAUGCAGUUAUGCGGAGGAGAUGAUUCAGUCAACAAAUAUGCCAAUAACCCUUACGACCUGCCAUCAGUUCAAAAAUUCAAUGGAUAGCUAAGGAGGAUCAAACAGGUGAAAGACUAUCACAUGGUUCUUCAAGGUGAAUCUCCUUAAGACUUUGAAAGUGUAGCAAACCUUAGCUUUAACACGAACCAAUAAUAACUGCCCUUACUUUGAAGUAUUUUUUAUGCUAACUUUGAAUGCGUGUGGUGCUGGUGACUGGUGAGAAACAGUGAACAAUCAGUGAGUCCUUGGCUGAACAAGUUGAGGAACUAUGAAUCAAAUGUGUUCAAUUCUAAUCCUAUCUGUCAUAAGAGUGUCUAACAAAUGCCACUUGACAUGGUGUUUGUAACCGUUAAUGACCUGUGAACAAUUUCUCAGUGUCCACACUGUGUGCUGUGUUCACAGUGUGUAACAGGCCAUAGACACCAUCAAUCAAUGACAUGUCAGUCACCACAGAGAGAGACGGAUGAAACUAGAGAACCAGGAUUGUCUCGUGGUCUACUGAUGAAUGGUUAGGACAGAGAGAGUGGGAAUGAUCACCAAAGACUUUGUGGUUUUAGUGCCUUAAGUAUCUGUCUGCUGAAUGUGAUGACAGUAGAAUGAAGUGCAUGCUCAAAGCAGAUAUUUUUAAUACCGCUGUUGUCAGAUAAUCGCCCCCAGUCUCAAGAACUGUAUAGUUUCUACUAGGUGACCAUGUCCUUUAGUCCUGAAAUGUACCCGUCAGUAUCUACAACGUACUCUAUCAGUAUCAGUGCAUCCCUGAUCAUCCUAAAUCAUCAUUCACUGUGACAAUCACACAGUUCAACUGCAGCACAACAGGAUCAGGAAUAGAUAUGAUUUAAUAUGCACUUUAUAUACUUGAGAGAGUAGUGAUGUAUUUUAAAUAUCUGUCAUUUCCCAAUAAUUUAAUUUUAAUUUUGUCUCAGUAAGUAUUAAGAAUGAAGUCAUGUUGUAUUAAGUAUGGGGAUUAUCGGAAUGUAAACCCAACAAAAUAACUUUAUUAUUCAUAUAUGUUCUAUUGUCUGUACCUACAGUACAGAGUCCUGAAACAUGAUAUGUUUUAUCUUGUGUGUGACAUGUCUCAUCUCACAGGGUAUGUAUGUUUGCCUGGAGAUACAUUUCACAAAUGUUAACAUAAAGUCAUUGACAUUAAUUAUCUAGAAGGUAAUAAUUAGGAUCAAAUCACACCUUCUAAGUAAAAUUCCAGUAAAUGACUAUUUAAUUAUUUGGAAAUGACAGAACUAAGAUGAAGCAUUCCCCAUGACAACUGUAGUACUUUGUAGUAGAGCUGGGUGAAAAUCCAACAUUAUUUACUACAUUUACAUGGAGAUGAUAUGUUAUUGAUUUACAAUGUUAUGUUGUCCAAGCAAAUUUGAAUGAGAAACUAACUCUUCUACUACUACUGUUAUGCAGAGCAGUGGAACACAUUCUUAACAAUCUCACCUCAAGGUGUUUGUAGAAUCUCCUCUGAAGCUUUUGAUCAUAUCACAUGGUCCUCAUGAGCAGAUUGACUUUGUUCAGUUGCCAUGGAACUAUACAUGAUGUAAGCUCCACUGGGACUGAAAAUCCACACUAACUUAAAUCAGUUGGAUUAUUUUGCAAGUAGUUUUUCACACAUUUGCCUCAUUGUAAUAAAUGCCAGUAUUAGAAAUGUUGUUAAGUCACAUCACCCAGCUCUAAUCUGAAGAGAGUCAUCUAUUGUGAUGGUGUUGAAGUCGAAGAGACAAUCAAAGAGUGAACUUGUGUUGUUUAUAAAGGGCUAAAGCUAUAUACAGUCUAUAUAGACUGAAACUGCCAGUCACUGACUUUUAUCAAUACUGUCAAUUCUCAUGAGACCAAUCAGGUGCCUCCCUGCUUCUUGAUCUGCUCCUAUUUAUCAGAAUUGACUCUUCUCAACUCUUUCUCCACCUUCCAGCAGUCCAGGGGGAAUUACUGCUUCCCUUUCCUGAUCAUCUCCUGAGAACAGUACCACUGUUAAAAAGAGGAAUGGAAUAUAUGGAAAUGUACAUUAUAUUGAAUUAACCAUCAUGCCAGUACAGUAUGGUCACUGCUUUUUUUCAAUUUGCCCAUGACUGUUAUGUCAGACCCAGACUGUUUGACUACUGAGAAUUUACAGUAUUUACCAAAGCCAGGUUGAAUCUAGAGUCACAUGAGCUAAAUUCAACUCAAUAUUUUUGUUCUAACACAUUGCUGUUUGUCAUUUUAUUGGAAAUAUUCAUACGUUUCAGGUCACAAGUAAAACGAGAGAAGAUAAAAAUGUUGGUACUACUCAAAAAUAGUUGUUAUUUUAAAUGUGUUUGUGCUCUGACUCUCGUGAUGAAUUUUACUUUAGCCAAACAUUUCAAGGAGCAAAAAGGAAACAAUUAGUUUCAACCUUUGCUCAAAAUCUUUCUCCUUAAUCCAAGUAUUGUCUGUCUUUUCCUUUCCACCUCCUGCUACAGUAUUGAUAACACAUCAACACACUGCGGCUGCCUAGAGGGUCAUAUUCCUCCCCCAUCAUCCAUCCAAAAUAAUAACUCAUUACUCUAGACUUGCACCACAUUGAUUUUCUCCUCCUUUUCUUUGCAUGGGUCCCUGCAGUGAUGCAACUGAUAGGUGGCUGCAGUCUGAACAAUAAUAUUUGGGCCUACAGUGUCUUUUCUGCUGAGAGGAGCAGAUUUAUACCAAAACUGAAAGCACAGCAAUAACUUUAAUACACAGCAGGUCUGUCUGAUGUAUACUGUAGUGUGUGAUCACCAGCAGCCAUUAGCCUUAAGCCCUUCUCAUUCAUUAGUAAAAACACACAGACUCAGGUCCCUUUGGAGAUAUAUUGAUAAUCCCUACAGAGUCAAUCACAAAACCUUAAUAGGACAUAUAUGGGAGAAGCCCUUCAAGCCCAACUGUAAUUAAAUGACAUGCUUUCUGCUACAGCCUACAGAUCUGGGGUCUCAUUUAUGAGUGGUGCAUACGUGCAAAAGAGAGCCUGAAAGAGGCCACUUCCCACACAAAAGUUGUGAUCUGUAAAAAUAAACUUGCUGGAGAAUAUGCAUACCUGCAUGUAAACUCUGACACAUGCGUAGAAACAUUUUGGAGAUGAGAGAAAUUGGUGAUGCAGAUGGUGAGGUGGUGAAUUGAAGCCAGGUUGUUAUAGAUCCUACAUUAUUAUAAACAUUCAAACCAGCAGCAUUAUCUGUUCCUGUGAUUGUAGUGAGCCAGAACUAUUCCAUGAGCAACUUUUCAUUUGAAAAGAUACAAGCCAACUCAAAUCUUAAUCAGAGUCUGCUCAACAUUUCCUCAGUGCUGUAGAGGAGAGGCUCAGCUGAUGAGCAGCACAGCAGCUGCUCAAAUGAAGGAUGUCAGGGUGUAGCAGGUGGCAGGGUUCAGGAAGGCUGGUUUGCUUUUCCCUGAUAUUAAGCAUGAAUAUACUGAUUGUUCUUCGUCUCAACCACGUUAACUAAAUGAUGAAAUGAUCAUCAUUGGAGUCCAAGUUAACAUCUAAUAACAUUAAAGAAUUGAGGAACAGCACGCUAACUGAUUUAUAAUCUCUUCUAUAUACUGUGUAUAUAUCACAUAUAUAUAAGUAUGAUUUCAAUUACUUUUCAUAUCAUAAUAUAUUCAGUUUCUGUGUGUAAAAUGGCUGCAAUGAACACACUGCAGUACAUUGGAGACACAGUGGAGGCAGCCACACACUGCAGUCAUAUACAGACUGUAAAGUAGCCUGUAUGCUGGAUUUUGGAGUAAAUAUAAAUGUAUACAGUGUUUAUUGUAUUGUACAUAUUGUAUUGUACUUCAGACUUGCUAACUCGGAACAGGCCCACAGGGUGUCCAUUAAGAGCGUAACCAGAGAUGUCCGACUUCACAAUCCGCUGUAAUAUUAACUGAAGCUGUAUGUGGUUGUUUUGGUAGAAGUCAGAAAACAGAGAUAAUCCAGUAAAAAUCCACUGAGGGCUGCUGUGGUUCUUCCUGCAGCUGAAGGAAACAUUGCCUGCAUUUUCAGCUUUUGUGGGCACGUCCACUUCAGUAUGGAUCUCACGCACUGUUUUAUAAAUGAGACCCCUGCUCUGUAAAUCCAAUAUCCAGAGGAGAAAUGCAUAUAGUGUUUUUCUGUCCCAGUCAUUCCCAGCAACAUAGCCAGUCACUUUAUUUUAAACUAGAUUUCCAUAAAGCUGACAGAUUGACACAAUAACAACAACAUAGUGUGGCUUUUGUGUAAUGCCUCCUUCAGGGAUCACUGAACUGCUAAUAACAGUGUGUUAGAUACACAUUAACGUCAACAUUAUUCAGUUGAAAGUUUAUCACUCAUCACUUUUUUUCUUUUAAAGCUUUUAAUUGAAGUAUUUCCAUUUAAUCUUUUCCAUUUCCCUUUUUAAAAAUCACUUUUUUCAUACUAUCAUUUUACAUUUACUUUUUCUCCAUGAAAAACAAUAAAUGUAAAAGUCACUGACAUAAUGAAUACAGAUUCUAUGUCUGAGCAGCAGAUUAAACAUGGUGACAUUUGUCAGAACACAUACCUACCAAAUGGAAAUGGAAAAAAUGUCAUGUGAUGCUAUAUGUAUAUUAAACACCAGAGAGGCAACCUGUCUGAAAGUUCCAGAUUAACAAGCACAUAGUCUAAAUGUAUUCACCUUUAUAAGAAACAACACCAACAUCGAGCCCAAAUGCACAAAUAAUGAACUCUGUAUGUUUCUGUAAGUCACAGCAGUACAUUUCUUCCAUUCUCCACUGUCACAUGACUUUUUGAAGAAUCCUUUACAGUUAUGAUCCAUUCCCCUCUGAUCCAGACAACACAGAGAAGAUGUAAGCAUGGCUGUUCUGCAUUGUUUUCUCCCCUUGUACAAUUGUACAGUUUCAUACAAAAUCACAAAACAAAAUCUUGUAAUAAGCUAAAUCACAAAAACUAUUUUUGACCUUUGACCCAGGAAGUGGAAUCCUGCAAAUCUUGAGUUUUGCUGAGAGUUGUGGCAGCUGGGAGGUCCAGCUCAUAUCUUCUUCACUCAGCGUGGGCUAGAUUACUAAAUGAUUUACAGAAAAUUUGAAAAAGUCAUAUUAGACCUUACAGUUUUUGCACUGUAUGUCGGAGCUUUCUGAACUUUAUUUGUACUAAAAACAGAAGGUACAAAGUUUAUUAUUCUCAUUUUAUGUACAAAGAAAAAAAGGGCAAAGCAACAGAUUUUGUAAAUAUGUUUUGUGUACAAAUUUGAACUUCCAAAGUAUUGAUGACUGUGCAUUUUGUUUAGUUGGAUGAUUGUUUUUUAAUAAAUAAUAAAGCUUUAUUUAUCUUG